CCUUGAUGGACGCUUCAGAGGCGUUCUAUAUAUUGAGCUCCCCUUCAUGAGUUCAUGAAGAUAAUAUUGAGUUGGGUCUACAGAGGAUAUGUGGGAGGUAGUCUCUUUUUGAUCUUCGUCCAUUGCCAGCACGUUACUGUGUUCUGCAACAAGCAAUUUCGAGACGUCGACAAGGACGUCUAGGGGUAUUGAUUCUGCUUCAGAGAGGUUUUGAAUCGAUUGUAGCAAAGUUUCGUGGCAUGCCGGGACUUCGAUGGCAUGGUUUAUGGCAUCUCGAAUUAUCGGGGUGACAGUGAUUUCUGUCAUUGGGACCAAUCCAAAGAAAAAAACUGAACCAUGCCAGAACUCUUCACAGACGAUGAUCCCGAUUACCGAGAUACGCGCGUCGAUUCUGGAAUUCCUCCACCAUCGCUAUCUACCAUUCCGCACUUUGACGAGCGAGGACCGCCUCGAGGCACAGCGCGUGGGCAACCUGAUCCAUUAAUGUCGUAUAAUCCCAAGAGACAGCGAAACGAUGCGCCCUACCAACGACAGGACGACCCUUACCAACGACACAAUGAAGGGUAUGGCAGACAUGAAAGACAACAUGAUCCCUAUGGACGAAAUGAUCAGAGACGCGACCCGUAUCAACGUCCAGACCAUCGAGACGAACGAAGUCAUCGAUUCGACCAUCAUGACGGCCGUCACCAUGGCUCAGAUCGUCGUGAUGACCCGUAUCAUCGACCUGACCAGCACUAUCGAUCUCGCGAAGACCCAUACCAUCGAGAUGAGAGACACUCGUCAGACCGCCGUGACGACCCAUAUCAUCGCUCUGAGCAACACCAUAGACCUCGCGAAGACCCGUAUGAGCGACACGGCUAUCCAUCCGACCGACAUGAUUCCCGCCGAUCUGAGCAAAGGCCACGUGAAGACUCACAUAGACGAGACGACUACCCCCGGCAUCCAGAUUCAAGAACGUCUCAAGACUAUGCUGCAUCGUCUAAGCACCCUGAGCUCUCGUCUCAAGGGCUACCACCGCCGUCCAAAGCCAUUGAGGUUGAUUUCGAAAUGAACACCAAUUUCCUCGUAUGCGGAGAAGACGAUGCAACCGCCAAACUCAGUACAGAGGAUGAGAUAGUUCAAUGCCUGCAAAUUAAGUUUGGCGGUAUGGAUGAACUCACGGAUUAUGACUUUGUAUCUUCCGCGGACCUUGUUCAGCAGGUCAAUGCAGUUAAGAACCGACUCAGUGGGACUCAACAUGAAGUGUUUACCCUCGCCCGAAGCCGAACCAACCCAUUCGACCACAUUGACAGUGCUAUUUUCAUGAACCGAGCGGCUACCAAGCUGGCUGUGUUAGACGUGACCUUUAACUUGAUGUCGGUAACAGAUCCAUCUCAGAUUUUUCGAUUUGCAGACCUUUGCGGCGGGCCAGGUGGAUUCUCAGAGUACUUGCUCUGGCGCGCACAUACUAGCGGCCAACGUAUUCAUGGCUAUGGAAUGACGUUGAAAGGUGAAGCUGACAAAGAGUGGAGAGUGGAUAAGUUCCAUUCUGAUGCCAAUGUGCAAGAAAGCUUUACCAUCAUUGACGGUCAAGAUCAUACUGGAGACAUUUGCAACCCCGAAAACAUUGCAGCGUUUGCCGCCGAAGUACGGCAAGAGUGUCCUUCUGGCGUUGACUUGGUGGUGGCGGAUGGAGGUAUCAGCUUUGAAGGCAAGCAAGAUAAGCAGGAGCUGAUAGCACGACAGCUGUUGGUAUGCCAAAUCGCCACCAUGCUUACGAGCCUCCAAAAAGGUGGUAAAUUCGUAUGCAAGUUCUUUGAUAUCACCCAAGAAUCCACCGCCGGAUUAGUAUGGAUUUUAUACCAAUGCUUUGAGAGUAUUUGUAUCACAAAGCCGUUGACUAGCCGGCCUGCGAAUUCUGAGAGAUACAUCAUUUGUGACAAACUACGAUUCAGCCGUCCCCAAGCCAUCAUCGACUAUCUAAUGAAAGUCAACCAGGCUAUCAAAGAUGAACCGACGACACAAAAGAGGGUAUGCGGCGUGGUAGAGCAUGGCAUACUCGAGCGGGACGAAUCCUUCUUGGAAUACUUGAAAAUGCGUAACAUGAAAUAUGCUAUCAAACAAAAAGAAGCGUUGGAACGAGUGGAAGAGUUUGUACAACACCCGUACGUGCGGUAUUUGUUUUGAUGGUGUUGUUUGGAAGGCACUCUAACGUUAUUUUUCUGGUAGUCACAACGGAGCCAUGGAACCAGAUCAGAGUCAAGUUCGACGGCGCUGCUUACGCGAAUGGAGAUUACCGCUGCAAAAGGAAAGCUAGUUGUAUGAGUUACCCUGGGGUGUUCUCACGCACGUGAGCUCAUGAUUGUGCUAUAAACGGAAGGAGGGCGGUUCUAGUUAACAACUUGCCUAAAUUUCAAUGUCAGUCAAUUGGAUUUGUUCCAUUGAAAAAAAAAUAAAAAAAAAAAUUAGUGGUAUAUAAAAUAAAAUCAUUGGCCCAUGAAUCGUCC